AUGGUGGACGAUGUGGACCACAUAGACAUUUAUGCAGAUGUAGACGAAGAGUUCAACCAGGAAGCUGAAUAUGGUGGGCAUGAUCAGAUAGAUUUGUAUGAUGAUGUCAUCUCUCCAUCCGCAAAUAAUGGAGAUGCCCCAGAAGACCGGGAUUACAUGGAUAUUCUCCCACCAGCUGUUGGUGAUGAUGUGGGUAAAGGAGCAGCACCGAAUGUUGUCUAUACAUAUACGGGAAAGAGAAUUGCAUUAUAUAUUGGAAAUCUAACAUGGUGGACAACAGAUGAAGACUUAACUGAAGCAGUGCAUUCUUUGGGAGUAAAUGAUAUUUUGGAGAUAAAGUUUUUGGAAAACCGAGCAAAUGGCCAAUCAAAGGGGUUUGCCCUUGUUGGUGUUGGAUCUGAAGCAUCCUCAAAAAAGUUAAUGGAUCUGUUGCCUAAAAGAGAACUUCAUGGUCAGAAUCCUGUUGUAACUCCAUGCAAUAAACAGUUCCUGAGUCAAUUUGAAAUGCAAUCCAGGAAAACUGCACAAUCAGGACAAAUGUCUGGGAAAGGUAAAGCUGGUCCUCCAGGAGGCAGUUCACGUGCAGCAUUUCCACAAGGUGGUAGAGGACGGGGUCGUUUUCCAGGGGCUGUUCCCGGUGGGGACAAAUUUCCUUGGCUAGGAGGGCCACCCCCACCUUUUCCAGCUGGACAGACUCCACCACGUCCACCCUUAGGUCCUCCAGGCCCACCAGGUUCACCUCCACCUGGUCAGGUUCUGCCUCCUCCUUUAGCUGGGCCUCCUAAUCGAAGAGAUCGCCCUCCACCGCCAUUUCCAGGCUAUGGCCCCCCUCCUGGGCCACUACCUCCACAACAGGGACCACCUCCACCUCCAGGCCCCUUUCCACCUCGUCCACCUGGUCCUCUUGGGCCACCCCUUACACUUGCUCCUCCUCCACAUCUUCCUGGACCACCUCCAGGUGCCCCACUGCCAGCUCCACAUGUGAACCCAGCUUUCUUUCCUCCACCAACUAACAGCGGCAUGCCUACAUCAGAUAGUCGGGAUCCACCACCAACAGAUCCAUAUGGCCGACCUCCGCCAUAUGAUAGGGGUGACUAUGGGCCUCCUGGAAGGGAAAUGGAUACAGCAAGAACUCCACUGAGUGAAGCUGAGUUUGAAGAAAUCAUGAAUAGAAAUAGAGCAAUCUCAAGCAGUACUAAUUCAAGAGCCGUGUCUGAUGCCAGAGCUGGUGAUUAUGGGAGUGCAAUUGAGACAUUGGUAACUGCAAUUUCUUUAAUUAAACAAUCCAAAGUAUCUGCUGAUGAUCGUUGCAAAGUUCUUAUUAGCUUUCUGCAAGAUUGCCUUCAUGGAAUUGAAUCCAAGUUUUAUGGUUCUGGAUCAAGAUAUGAACGAUCAAGAGAGAGGGACCAUAGUAGAUCACGAGAAAAGAGUCGGCGCCAUAAAUCCUGCAGUAGAGAUCGUCAUGAUGAUUAUUAUAGAGAGAGAAGCAGAAAAAGAGAGAGACAUUGUGACCGAGAGCGUGACCGAGACCGAGAGCGUGACCGAGAGCGCAAGUAUUGUCAUUGUUAGAAGCUGAAGGAAGAGGAACACCUUCCAAGACAAAACAGUCUUCAUGAGGGAAACAUGAUGCUUGUCCAGCAGUUUGCUUCUUGCGAU